AUGCAAGACCCAUGGAUACCAUUACAGUAUCCUUACAUUCCGAGACUUAAAGAUAACAUUACACAAGAUAUGAUUCCUUCCAAGGUAAUAGAUCUGAUGGCGGCAGGCACUUCACAAUGGGACAUCCAAAAGCUGCAGCAGUUGUUUAUUAAUGAGGAUGCGGAGGCCAUUCUUACAAUUCCCUUACCAAUAUACCUGUCACAAGAUAGGUUAAUCUGGAAUGAUUCUAAAGAUGGCAAAUACACAGCAAAGUCAGGCUACCACAAAGCAAUGAACAGAAUAACCCCAAACAUUGAAGAGGAUAUUCAAACAUCAACAGACAACAUCAACCCAGCAAAUUGGAAGACGAUUUGGGAUGCCAAUGUUCCAAACAAAAUCAAAAUUUUCUUAUGGAAACUACUGUGGAAUGGCAUACCAACCUGUGAAGCAUUAAACUUUCGCCUGAAAACGGAGCAUAAAUGCCCACAUUGCCAUCAGGAGGAAGAUAGAGUUCAUCUUCUGUUUCAUUGCGACUUCGCAGCGAAAGUAUGGUUCCUAUCACCACUAGCGCUACAAAGCCGCAGUAUAGAAAACACAAACUUCCACAAUAUUUGGUCCAAGCUUAUUUCUGAGAUGCAGGAGCUAGAUAGAUCAGAGGAGAGUAUACAACUAUUUUUCUUCCUCAUUUGGGCAAUUUGGAAGGCCCGGAACAAUAAAGCUUUUAAGGAAGUAAUUUGGACAAUUGAGGAUACAGUCCAGGUGGCAGUUAAGAAUGUAGAGGAAUACCAAACGGCAUUAACACUCAACCAGCAAAUCCUAUCUAAGUUGGGUGGCAAUAGGCAGAGACAACCAACUUGCCGGAGUAGAUCAACGUACCCAGAUCACUUUGUUCGUAUCAGCUAUGAUGGAGCAACAAAUAAAGAGUAUAAAUUUGGUACGGUAGCAAGGGUGGCAAAACUUGCGAAUGGAGUUGUUCAGGGUGCUGAGAGUAACAUUUUUAGAGGCAUUUGGGACCCUGGAAUUUUAGAAUUCUUAGCCUUACGAGAAGCAAUGCGUUGGGCCAAGAUGAAAGGGUGGAGAAAUGUGAUCUUUGAGGGAGAUGCCAUUCAGGUGACCGAUUCCGUAAACUCGGGAAAUUGUUCCUUAGCGACAGGAUGGGGAAUCUGUCAGGAUAUUUGGCAUUUAAAAGACUUCUUCGAAGAGACUAUGCACAAAGUUGUGAGGUUUAUUAAAGGAGCUCAUAGAAAGGUCCUUUAUUUUACUUUUCAUUUUGAUAUUAAAGCUACUGUUCUUCGGUCUAGUUCAGAAGCUGAGUAUAGAGCUCUUACUGGCCUUACUUGUGAGCUUCAAUGGCUUCCCUUAUCUCCUGCUACCUUUAAUUCUGCUACUGCUAAACUUCGUCCUCUUAAUAUGUAUCGUCCAUCUUGA